ACGAAAUGAAUUUUUAGUACUGCUGGUAGUGCCAGUACUGGUGAGUACAUUAAUAAGGAGUGAAUGUAGUUGUUGUUAUUAAUUUAUUAUUGAAAAAACUAAUAGCAAACGUUACAAGUAGCGCGUUAAGUACUGCAACUCUAACGUUUACAUAUUAUUUGUGUAAUAAAAAAUUAUGAGUAAUAGAAGAAAAAGUUCAGAAGAUUUGGAUAAUGCAUUCCCUUCAAAACAAACUAAAAAUACCUCUUUUCAAUCUGCUUUCAAUAACUUAAAGAAAUCUGAAUUUUUCGAGGAUUUUUCAGUCGCCAAAUCUGAAACUUAUACAACAAAAACUUUGAACACAAUCAAUACUAUUCUUGUCAGCCCAAAACAGAAAGGCAAUCCAUUAUUGAAGUUUAUAACAAAUGCACUAUGGGAAUAUUCCGACAUUAUACCAGAUUAUGUAAUGGGCAAAACUACAUGUGCUCUUUUUUUAUCAAUCCGUUAUCAUCAACUGAAUCCUGAUUAUAUUCAUGAAAGGCUGAAAUUAUUAGGCAAUGCUUAUAACUUAAGAGUGCUUUUGGUACAGAUUGAUGUUGCUGAUCCUCAUCAUGCUUUAAAACAUCUAACAAGGAUUUCCAUUUUGGCAGAUAUGACAAUGAUAUUAGCAUGGAAUGCGGAAGAUGCAGGAAAGAUUAUUGAAACUUACAAAAUAUAUGAAAACAAACCUCCCGAUGAUAUUAUGGAACGCAACGAUAUAGCGCCCCAUCAAAAAUUGGUUAAUGCUUUAACAACAGUAAGAUCUGUAAACAAAACUGAUGCCACAACUCUUCUUACAACUUUUGGUAUAUUAACUGACAUUAUAAAAGCACAACCUAGUACUUUGGCUUUGUGUCCUGGAUUUGGUUUACACAAAGCUCAAAAGCUUCACAAAAUUUUGCACGAACCUUUUUUACGUGCGUAAAAUCAAUACAAAAUAAAGAAAUGUAUACAUAUAUAUAUUGAAUAUCUUAUGCAAUGAUGAAAUUAUAUAUCAUAUAGAAUCAAUGAAUUUAUAAUUAAAUAUUUUUUAUAAAAGGAAGAGAAGUAGUCGAUAUUGUAUUUAAUUUCUGAUUUAUUAAAGGGAAAAAUUUAGCUGUGAUUUUGAAUUGUUACAUCGUGAGUCUUGAAAUUACAUGUGAUUUAUAGUAUAAGCAUUUUGAUUUUUAAUUUAUAAAUCAAAAAAAGAAAAAGAUUUAUUAGACGCAUUAGAUCUUACUUAUUGAAAUUGUUUAUUGUUACUAUCAAUUGUCCAAUGUUAUUUUCGACCAAAUGUACAAUGAAAUGAUAUAUUUAUAAUUAGGAUUAGAAAUGUUAGAUUUAAAAAUAAUUUUAAUCUAAAAUAAUAUAAUAUAACAAUAAUAUAAAAAUAUUUGAGGUAAAAUUAAAAAUUGAUCUUAUGUUUUAUAGUUUAACUAAGAAAAAUGAGGGAAAAAAUGGAAAGAAACAGAAGAUACAUUUUUCUAAAACGUUUUUAUAAAAUUUUUUUUAAUUUUAGCAGAUUGAAUUGAUUAGGGUGGGAAAUAUGUAGGAAAUAACUUUUCAAUGUAAAAAUAUAAUAGACAUCAUGUUACGCGAUUGACUGUCAAAUAAAAAAUUGUUGGUAUCUUAAA